UCCCCACGUUUCAUCCACAACACAUCUCAUUUUCCUUUUCUUUGGAAAAAAAAAACAUGGCCCCCAAUCUUUCCUCUUCUAGCUUGACAACCAUGUCCAUAGCCAUAUCCACCCUUCUCUUCCUCUCCUUCGUUUCCUCAUCAUAUGCCUCUGAUGACAUGUCCAUCAUAUCAACUUCAACUUCAGCUUCGCGAAGCGACGCAGAGGUGAUGGAGAUCUUUCAGUCGUGGCUCGUAAAGCAUGGAAAAGUGUACAACGGGAUAGGAGAGAACGACAAGAGGUUUGAGAUCUUCAAGGAGAACCUGAGGUUCAUUGACGAGCACAACUCUCAGGCUCGCACAUACAAAGUUGGGUUGAACAAGUUUGCCGAUUUAACCAACGAGGAGUACCGUGCCAAGUAUCUGGGCACCAGGUCCGACCCUAAGAGAAGGGUCAUGAAGUCAAAAAACCCAAGCCGGCGUUACACCUUUAACGCCGGUGAAAAGUUGCCUAACUCCGUUGAUUGGAGGGUGAAGGGUGCUGUUAGUCCGAUCAAAGAUCAAGGAAGUUGUGGAAGUUGCUGGGCGUUCUCAACAGUGGCCGCAGUGGAAGGCAUAAACCAAAUUGUCACCGGUGAACUAAUCUCUCUAUCGGAACAAGAACUUGUGGACUGUGACAGAGAGUACAAUGGUGGAUGCAAUGGAGGUCUCAUGGAUUAUGCCUUCGAUUUCAUUAAGAAAAACGGUGGCAUGGACACCGAGUCUGACUACCCUUACCUAGGCAUUGACAGCAAGUGCGACGCGACCAAGAAGAAUACUAAGGUUGUUAGUAUUGAUGGGUACGAGGAUGUUCCACCCUUUGAUGAGAAUGCUUUGAAAAAGGCUGUGGCACAUCAGCCUGUGAGUGUUGCAAUUGAAGCCGGUGGCAUGGCUCUUCAGCUCUAUGAUUCGGGUGUGUUUACUGGUGAAUGUGGCUCGGCACUAGACCAUGGUGUGGUUGCUGUUGGAUAUGGCACAGAGAAUGGUGUGGAUUACUGGCUUGUGAGGAACUCAUGGGGAACCAACUGGGGUGAGAAUGGAUACAUCAAGGUCCAGCGCAAUGUGUUUGAGACAUAUACUGGCAAGUGUGGAAUUCUAAUGGAAGCUUCUUACCCAGUCAAGACUGGACAAAACCCAAGCAAGGCUUUUUGGGCCUUUGAAAGUGCUGUUGAGAUAAUCAGCAGUGCUUGAAGUGUCUUCUUGGAUAUUUUUGGGCCAGGGAAGAGAAACAGUGUUGAAGGUGCAUGAAAGUGAUGCUUCUGUUUGAUAACCCAUUAAAUCCGGUCAUGGUUGAUAGUCGUAUUAUGCCCUUCAUUUCUUGGCCUAAAGUUACGAAAGGAUGACCGGAGUACUGUCAUUUAUUUGAAAAAUAUGAUCAUUGUUGUACAUAGUAUUUAAUAUUGUCGCAAUUGCAUCCCAAAAAUUGAUGACAUUGUAGUUCAAUGUCAUUUGCUUUGCAAUGUAAGUCUGAAUUCCCACCAGGGACUUGAAAUGAAAUGGAUCUGUUACUAUC